CGUGAUAUUUUACAUCGCAACAGACGUCUAAUGCACUCUUCAUAAUUUAUAAAAAUAUAAAACCUGCCGACCGUUAAUAAUUUUUUAAAUUUAAUAUAAACUUAUUUAUUAUCCCGCAAAUAAUCACUCGGUUACUAAAACUUUUAUCAUAAAUAAUAAUAAUAAUAAUAAUAAUAAUAAUUAAUGAACAGUAUUGAUACCAAUUGUUAGUGUCUAGAUUUAAUAGUAAAAAAAAAAAAGUGGAACACGGGUGUGUAAAAAAUGCGCAAGUAAAUUUAAAUAAAAAAUAAUUUAAUUUAUUUGACAAUUGACAUUUCAGAGUAACGAAUUUAUAAAUCGUCGUGUCGUGGACGUAGACGAUCUUAAAAACCACAUGAGUCAUAUUAUUAAAGUUAAUUUAUUCAUAUCAGUAUCAUAAUACUGUAAAUAUAUCAUCUAACUGGAUUACUUAUUUUAAAUUAAUUAUCAGUAUUUAAAAUAAAUCAGUGUCAUAUUACACGAUAAUUCAAGAUGUCGUUUUUUGGAGUAAACGUUAAUCCAUUUUCAACUCCUGUUGGUCAAAAAAUAGAGCAAGCUACAGACGGUAGUUUACCCAGUGAAAACUGGGCUCUCAAUAUGGAAAUAUGUGAUAUUAUAAAUGAAACUGAAGAUGGUCCAAGAGAUGCAAUUAAAGCCAUUAAAAAACGUCUUGGUCAGGCUGCCGGAAAAAAUUAUACUGUCGUUUUAUAUACACUUACUGUACUAGAAACAUGCGUUAAAAAUUGCGGAAAACGUUUUCACACUUUAGCUUGUUCACGUGAAUUUAUAUUAGAACUUGUAAAGAUGAUCGGACCGAAAAAUGAACCGCCGACAGCUGUUCAGGAAAAAGUAUUGAGUUUAAUACAGACAUGGGCUGAUACUUUUCGUCAUCAACCUCAUACUCAAGGUGUUGUGCAAGUGUACCAGGAACUUAAGGCCAAAGGAAUGCAGUUUCCAAUGACUGAUUUAGAUGCCAUGGCUCCUAUUAUUACACCAGAGCGGAGUGUACCGGAAGUUACGAGUAGUCCUAGUCUUGUCCAAGGAAAUGAACGUGUCAGUGUUGGUGGAUGUGACGUAACAUCUGUAGCACAACACCAGCCAGUACCACAAGUUCAGGCAUCAUUACAGCCGGUUCAAUUGUCAGAUCAAUUGGUGUCAAAGUUACGCAGCGAACUUGAAGUUGUUCAGGGCAACAUGCGUGUACUCGCUGAAAUGUUGCACUUUUUUACAAACCCCGAUCAGCAGCAACAGAAAAACAGCCAGCAGACAGUGGAAACUCGUCCAGAUCCCGCAGAUUUGGAACUGAUGCAUCAACUUUAUUCAACUUGCAAAGCAAUGCAGGAACGAGUUGUUGAUUUAAUUGGUCGGCUUGUUGACGAUGAAAUGACUGCUGAGUUGUUGCGUAUUAACGAUGAACUAAAUAAUUUGUUUUUGAGAUAUUCACGUUAUACUAAAAAUAAAACUGUACCAGCAGCAAGUGCAAUACUUGCUCAAACGUUAGGACAUCCGGCAGAUAAUCAACUGGCACACAGUGCGUCAGCUAAACGACCAGAGCAAUCAUUAAUUGAUCUUGAUGAGGAUUCAAUACAAGCACUUGAGGGUGCAGUUGCUGAUAUCGGAAUUUCUGAUACUGAUGGUCGAAACAAAGGAGUGCCUUCUAAAAAUAAACGAGAAGAUUUAUUAGAGAGUGAUGAGUUUGAUAUGUUUGCCCAGUCCCGUAACGCAACUUAUGAGUCAACAAAAAAUGCCGGAAGUAAAUAUGAAGAUAAUCUAGAAGAUUUAAGUGGCAAUGGAAGUCUUAGCUCAGCGAUUCUAAGUCGCGGUUCCAGUAUAACUCAACCGACGGCUAUCGGUCCUGCAACCGGGAAAAUUCCGGCUCCCAAAGAACAGGGUGACCAAGAGUCAUUAACAUCAUCGGAAUUUGAAAGAUUUUUAGCAGAACGUGCUGCUGCUGCAGAAGCUUUGCCUAAUUUACCAACAGUUACCACCGCACCAAGUACCACAACAUCAGGAACUACUAAUAUUCCGCGGCAAAUAAAUAAAGAUCAAGAUAAAUCACUAUUUGCACUCUGAAUUGAUAACCACUACUAUUAUUAUUUAAAUUAUUACUCGUGAUAUCUAAUUGAAAUAUUAAUUUACAUCAACAUAAUCUUUAAAUAAAUAAUAAUUACAAGAUAACAAUCG